UUUCGGGAAUGUGGUCGAUGCUUGACAGGAAAGGUUAGUUGAUCAUGAAGACUUAGUCACGGGUCGUAUCACUGCGAGGUGAAGUUUGUUUUGGAAAUUUGUCUUGUUGGAUAAUCUUUAUACCAUCGGAAGCCGGCUUGGAGUUAAAUAAAGGGAACUUUAAAUCAACAAAAGACCAAGAAGAAGUAUUCAAGCAUCUGUAAUGAUCGAAAUGAAACGGAAGUAGCUUUGCCUGGCGAGUGUCUUGAUGCCAGAAUUACCAAUCAUGGAGCUGGGCAGGCAACUGUGUGGGAAGAUGAAGAAGCAGAGGAAGGUGGAGAUGACUGUCCCAGCUGUCAUGAAAGGACUGGAGAUCCACUUCUACCUGCCUGAUACACACCAGCUCGAGUACUUCAAAGACUGCCACACUGCAGAGGACCUGUGCGUGGAGGCUGCCAAGAGAUGCCACAUCUCUCCUCUGUGCCACAACCUGUUUGCUCUAUAUGAGGAGAGCCAGGAUGUCUGGUACGCUCCUAAUCAUGUGUUUAAGAUCUCUGAGGAGACCAGCAUCAAACUUCACUACCGAAUGAGGUUUUAUUUCACAAACUGGCACGGCACUAGUGAGAUCGAGUCUCCAGUUUGGAGACACUCUCUCAGCAAACAAAAAGGGGGUAUGAUCACUCAAAAGUGCCUGGAGGGGACACCUCUCUUGGAUGCCGCAUCUCUUGAUUACCUUUUUUCACAGGGUCAGUAUGAUUUCCUGAGGGGACUGGCUCCUGUGCGCUCUCCACAGAGUGAGGUUGAGCUUCAUGAGAUAGAGAAUGAGUGUUUGGGAAUGGCUGUUUUAGCCAUAACUCAUCAUGCCAAGGGAAAUGAUCUGCCCCUAGCUGGAGCUGGAGCUGAGACCAGCUACAAGCGCUUCAUUCCUGACAGUUUGAACCACACCAUUAAACAACGCAACUUCCUCACACGCAUGCGCAUCAACAAUGUUUUCAAGAACUUUCUGAACGAGUUCAACAGCAAGACCAUUCAGGACAGUAACAUAACCCUUUAUGACCUAAAGGUCAAGUAUCUGUCCACUCUUGAAACUUUGACCCAAGGCCUGGGCCGAGAGACUGUAGAGACCAAGAGCCUGAAAGUAUCAGGGGAGAGUGAAGGAUCUCCUGCCCACUCACUUCCCAUUGGGGAUGAUGGACUGAGCUAUGAGGUGCAAGUAUCUGGAACCACUGGGAUUUCUUGGAGGAGGAAGCCCCUACCGAAUCUUCCGAUUGUGAAAGAAAAAAGCAGAUCUAAAAAGAACAAGACUGACAGCAAGCAGAAGAAUGACAAGAAGAAAGAUGGCAACAAUGGCUGGAUGCUUUUCUCUGAUUUUAAUGAAAUCACCCACAUCGUCAUUAAGGAGUCUUGCAUCACAAUUUACAGACAGGACAAUAAAAUGGAGUUGGAUCUGUAUUACCGUGAUGCAGCUCUGUCUUUUGCUGCACUGGUGGACGGUUACUUCAGACUGACUGUAGAUGCCCACCAUUACCUGUGCACAGAGGUCGCACCUUCAUCAGUGGUCCAGAAUUUAGAGAAUGGCUGUCAUGGCCCCAUCUGCACAGAGUAUGCUAUUCAUAAACUCCGCCAAGAGGGAAAUGAAGAAGGAGCCUACGUCCUGCGCUGGAGCUGCACAGACUACAACUACAUCAUUAUGACUGUUGUCUGCAUGGAGAUGGACCUGUCUGAGUCGAGGCCUGUUCCUCAGUAUAAGAACUUUCAGAUUGAGGUGAGCCCACAGGGCUACAGAUUGUUUGGAACAGAGACGUUCAGGCCCACUCUGAAGGGGCUUCUGGAGCACCUGCAGGGCCAGAACCUGCGCACAGAGAACUUGCGCUUCCAGCUGCGUCGUUGCUGCCCACCACAGCCCAGAGAAAUUUCGAACCUAUUGGUGAUGACCACAAACCGAGAGCCCGUCCCCCAGAGACAACCUCAAGUCAGCCAGCUGAGUUUUCACCGCAUCCUUAAGGAGGAGAUUGUACAGGGUGAGCAUUUGGGUAGGGGCACGAGGACCAACAUCUACACAGGUAUUCUGAAGCUGAAGAGUGAGGAUGAUGAUGAGAUGGGAGGAUACACACAGGAGGUGAAUGUGGUUUUGAAAGUGCUGGGAUCAGGACACAGAGAUAUCUCUCUGGCCUUCUUUGAGACAGCCAGUAUGAUGCGUCAAAUCUCUCAUAAACACAUCGCCCUGCUCUAUGGUGUGUGUGUUCGUCACCAGGAGAAUAUAAUGGUGGAGGAGUUUGUUCAGCAUGGUCCACUGGAUCUGUUCAUGCACCGACAGAGACAGACCACAGCUCUCAGUACAGCAUGGAAGUUCCAGGUGGCCAAACAGUUGGCUAGCGCCCUCAGCUAUCUGGAGGAUAAAAAGCUGGUUCAUGGAUAUGUGUGCAGUAAGAACAUUCUGGUGGCUCGAGAUGGGCUGGAUGGUGAGGGAGGGCCCUUCAUCAAACUGAGUGACCCCGGCAUACCCAUUACUGUACUCAGCAGAGAGGAGUGUGUGGACAGGAUUCCUUGGAUUGCUCCUGAGUGUGUACAGGACACAGCUAAUCUGAGCGUAGCAGCAGAUAAGUGGGGCUUUGGUACCACUCUGUGGGAGAUCUGUUAUAAUGGGGAAAUGCCUCUCAAAGACAAGAAACUCACAGAGAAAGAGAGGUUUUAUGCAGCGCAGUGCCAGUUGGCCACUCCAGACUGUGAGACGCUGGCCAAGUUAAUGACCCACUGUAUGACCUAUGACCCCCACCAGAGACCCUUCUUCAGGGCCAUCGUCAGAGACAUUGACAUGGUGGAAAAACAGAACCCCUCCAUUCAACAAGUUCCCACACUAGAGGUGGACCCAACAGUGUUUGAGAAGAGAUUCCUCAAAAAGAUAAGAGACCUUGGAGAGGGUCAUUUUGGGAAGGUGGAGUUGUGUCGAUAUGACCCAAGGGGAGAUCGGACCGGAGAACUGGUGGCCGUGAAGUCUUUAAAGCCAGAGAACCGUGAAGAGCAGAGCAGCAACCUGUGGUGUGAGAUUCACAUCCUGAGAGAACUUUACCAUGAGAACAUAGUCAAAUAUAAGGGCAUCUGCAAUGAAGAGGGUGGCAGAUCCAUUAAGCUGAUUAUGGAGUUUUUGCCAGCGGGCAGUCUGAAGGAAUACCUCCCCAGAAACAAAGCUCGCACAGACCUGAAAACCCUCCUCAACUAUGCUGUACAGAUCUGCCAGGGCAUGGACUAUCUGGGCUCUCGGAAUUACAUCCACAGAGAUCUGGCAGCUCGGAAUGUUCUGGUGGAGAAUGAAGGCACAGUGAAGAUUGGAGACUUCGGACUGACAAAAAGCAUUAAGGACAAUGAGGGUUACUACACAGUGAAAGACGAUCUGGACAGUCCAGUGUUCUGGUAUGCUCCAGAGUGUCUGAUCCAUUGCAAGUUCUACAGGGCAUCUGAUGUGUGGUCUUUUGGAGUGACCAUGUAUGAGCUCCUCACGUACUGUGAUCCCUCAUGCAGCCCAAUGUCGGUGUUCCUCAAAAUGAUUGGUCCAACACAUGGCCAAAUGACUGUCACCCGAUUGGUCAAAGUCCUGGAGGAGGGAAAGAGACUUCCAAAGCCAGACGGCUGCUCAGAGAGGUUGUACAAUCUGAUGAGGAGAUGCUGGGAGGCGACGCCUGAAAAAAGGAUUGACUUCAAAGGCCUGAUUGCCGCCUUUCAGCAGAUAAUCGAAAAUCAGUAACUAUGGAAAUAAGAUGGGACACAGACUCUACCUCUUUUGCAAGAGACAGUCCCAGUUGACAGUUUAACAACAAAACCCACCACAACAAAAAAAAAAAAAAUGUAUCACUGUGCAGUGUAGCAUUUUUUCAAAUAUACUCUCCUUCUUACUAUACCCACAUGCAAUGAACUCAGAUAAACUGCAAGCCAUUUGAAUUACAAAUAGCAAAAAACCUGCCAGAACCACUGAAGUGAACAGUCGAACGCUGCCCAGUCUUUCUCUGAAUAUGCAAACAUCUAACUGCCAGGCACUUGAUUUGCUCCUAUUUCUCUUCAAGUUCAAAUGAAGACCAGACAUAGGUGAAGAGAGGAGAAUUUGGAAUCUGUUCACUGUUCAGACAUACUGUUGACUGCUUAUUGUUCCUCUGUGUCACAGACCUGUCACCAUGUUACAUGUAUGAAUGACACAUUAUUUCCAUGGUGCAUUUCAGCAUGCACUGUUUGGAAUCCGCUCACACCCGUCAAUAAAUCAUGUUCAAUGACAAAGCCCACCGCUGAGAAUUGAAACUUGUUGGGGUUAAGAGAGGAGUUUUGUUUGGAGGGGGGAAACGAGGAAAGUGUCAGAAUGUAGACUUACAUGUGUGGUCGGUUGUUUGAAGCUUCGAUGAGUGAAUGUUGAGUGGAUCGUGCCCCCUUGCGUGAGAUGAUUGACGUGUGAAGUAUGGUAAGUGCUCAAAGACUGUGCGUUCGAGUAUGUGUCUUAGCUGACCGUGUCUGACUCAGAGCAGACAGCUGUCCUCCUUCAUGGAGCGCAACUGGAAUGCUGGAAAAUUCCAAACGUACUGGAUUACUGAACUUUGAAACGGUGUGCUAUGUGGACUAUGUUGCCACAUCCAAAGAACUGUACUUUUUCUCUAAACAUCACAUUUGCCACGGAAAGCUGAGGUGGAUGAUUUUGAGUGCCGCAUGUGGAAGGAUACAUGGAUAUGCAUCAAGGGGGUACAUUGUUUCAGUGAAUUGCCUACAUGAGGCACUAGGGGACAGUAGAGCUUAUGAAAUAUCUCUCAUGAAAACAUCCACUUCUUUGUGCAAAUCAGAUUCUGGGCUCUGCUGACUUUCAGAAAUUGAAGUAACCAUUUACAUAUAAAAAAUACAUUAGUAUUUGAUGUUUCCUUUUUUUUUUAUAUAUAUAUUUUUUUUAUAAUGCAAUUAAAUGCAAACUAACUGAUUUCAUGAAAGUGAAACAUGUUUCUGAUGGGGAAAAGUGUUCUGUUAUGUUCCAGAAAAGUGUCUGGAAGAUGGAUGCUGUUGAAAUUUGCUAGUGUUUUAAAGUGCUUAAAAGCCUUGGCUGUUAUUCAUAUCACUUAAGAGACUUUGUUUUUAAAGACGCACUCAUUCCUAUCUAAUUAUCCGAUUAUGCUAAAUCCUCACAUGAUUCUUGAAAAGGGAAAAUUAUUUAUCUCCAAUGUGAAAGUGUCAUGUGGUUUAAAACUGAAGGUUUAUAAUUUAAUGUACGUUGCUGCCUUCAAAUCCAGGCCUCCACACAAUGGAAUUAAGUAGGGUUAGGAAAAAAAAGGACGAAACCUAAUAACAGGCAUUAUUCUCCUGUCCUUUAAUGUGGAAUGCAAAACAAUUCCAUCUGCUCAAAAUUAAAACCCCAACCUAUUUUCCAUCAAAAAAGAAUUGCAACAGAAUUGUAUCCAGCAAGGGAAAAUGUACAUAAAUACACAUAAAUAAAUACAAUUAAUAGUG